AUGUACAAGCUAUUUUUUGAUGGCGUGGUAACGCUUUCCGCGGAAAGCGAAUAUCUCGUUGUUGGCCUGGAACGUUUCUGUUGGGUUCGAGUCCACCAAGUCCAAUUUGGUGGAGCCGAAAAUGUUCUUCGUUGGAUUCAUAAGCACGUCCAUUUCAUUGUGCAACUCGUGGCCAGUCAACCAACUCAUUUCCCUCUGGAUGUCCUUCUCAUGGUAACCAGUGACAAACACCGCACAUUUGGACUCCAAGAAGCCCUUCAACGACUUGUUCCAGUGGAUCUCGUCAGCGGUCUUGAAGCCAGGGUGGAAAAGGAAGAAGACGUCCAAGUAUGGGUCAAAUGGGAACAAGUCGCCCAUAUCGUAGACCUCAUGGAAGUACUUGGUGUGGUGGUGGAGGGUGAUUUGCUCGUCGUAUCUCGUGACCACAGGUCUGCCGUGAGGCCUGUCGCUGGGGGUGAACGAUUUCGACUCCGGGUCAAAGUGCGAGUGGGGUCCGAUGAAGUGGAUCUCGAACUUGGUCUCUGGGAAAAGAUAACCAAACUGUUUCCACACAUAUCCGGGAAGCAUGGCUUCCAUCUUGGCGCCGACAAUGAAAAUACGCAUUGCCCGGUCUUUGAAGGUCACUUCCGUGUCCUUUUUCCCGCCGGGAGAGUACAACGUAUACUUCAAGGCAGACAACGAGCGCAAACCUUCGAUGGUGAGCGGCCCCUUCGGUUCCAAGCCGUAAGGGCUGAACCGGUGAAGAAGCGACGCGAUGGUGAUGGGGUACGUCAAGACUUUGGUGGCUGCGGCCAAGUUGAACUCUGUGUUCAUUGGGUUGAAGUCCCGGGUGUAGAAGAAAGAGUCCCACGAGGACAUGCUGGUGGUGAAGUCGUGCUCCAGCGGACCCGGGAACACAAACUCGUCGAACUUACGGCCCGACCGCAAGUCGUGCUCGUAGAGAUUGACUUUUCUCAACGCCUCGUACUUCUUUUUGGCGUGGUACUCUGUGUCGUUUUUCCACGCCUCUUCGUCGUGGUGGGUGGGGAUCCCCGAGUACGGACACACAAACUCCACCGGCUUAUUCGUCACGGGGCACUUGGCUCUGGUGCGGAUGUAUGCUGCACGGGUUCUGAUAUCUUCGUACGGAGACUCGUCCCAUUUGUAGAGAUGGCGCUCGGCGUCGCUUUUCUCCGCCGUGUCCAACAGAAGCAAUUUCUUGAGGAACGAGAUGUUUCGUUUCUGCAUCUGCCACGCGGGGCGAACCACGCGAACAAGGGUCAUGACGGUUUCUGA